AUCACCAACAUCAAACAGCAUCAAAAACAACCACUACAACCACCACCAAUACAACAAUCACCACAACAUCAACUAGAGCAGAAGCUGGAGAUACAUCAGUCACAACUACAGCAUCAACCACAACCAAAGCAUCAACCACAACCAGAGCAUCAACUACAACCAAAGCAUCAACCACAACCAGAGCAUCAACGACAACCAAAGCAUCAACCACAACCAAAGCAUCAACCACAACCAGAGCGUCAACCACAACCAAAACAUCAACCACAACCAGAGCAUCAACCACAACCAAAGCAUCAACCACAACCAGAGCAUCAACCACAACAACCACCACUUCAACAACAACUACAACUAAUACCACAACAACAGCUGCAGCAACACAACAGGUGGUUCGUGAGAGUUUUCACUACAGCUGGUGACGGGUCAGCUGGUGAAGGGUCAGCCGGAAACUACCCAGAAGGUGACAAUCCAAGUGGCGACGGGUCAGCUGGUAACUACCCAGGAGGAGACGAUCCACCUGGUGACGGGUCAGCUGACGACGAUCCAGCUGUUGACGGGUUAGCUGGUAACUACCCAGGAGGAGACGAUCCACCUGGUGACGGGUCAGCUGACGACGAUCCAGCUGUUGACGGGUUAGCUGGUAACUACCCAGGAGGAGACGAUCCACCUGGUUACUCGUCAGCUGGCGACGACCCAGUUGGUGAAGGGUCAGCUGAUGGCGGGUCAGCUAUCAGUCCAACUGGUGAGGGGCCAGAUGUUGACCGAACGGACCAGUUGUCACAACAACAAGUGAAUGAAGAUGCGAACAGGAACAGUCAGGUGGCUUUGACAGCCAGGGUGGCUUUACGGAGGCCGUCACGUGAUAUUGGCUUGACUCACUACACCCGUCCAGAUAUGGCCCCACAGCUGAGAUACACGCCCAUAGAACAGACAGUGUCACCAGGGUCACCAGUCUCGCUCAAGUGCUCUGCUGUGGGUAAUCCAGUACCUGUCAUUACCUGGACCAGGGAUCACCAGCCCCUCCUUACUUCCCACAGGACUCGAGAAGGCAGCUUCAGAACAGAGCUGGGAGAAGUAGUUAGUCAUGUGAACCUCAGCGAUGUGACGGUACGAGACGGAGGAUCGUAUACCUGCACCGCGCAUAACACCUUGGGAUCAGUUGCGCACUCCGCCAGGCUUAACGUCUACGGUCCUCCCUUUGUCAGAGAGAUGCCCAACGUCACGGCUGUUGCUGGAGAAGACGUGUGGUUGUGGUGUCCAGCCGGAGGCUUCCCCACCCCCACUGUGACCUGGAGGAGAGAGGGACAUGUCUUCCCCAACUCUCUCAAACACGAGGUGCUGCUUAACGGGACUCUGGUAGUAAGAUCAGCCACACACGAGGAUGCUGGGCGCUACUCUUGCCUCGUCUCCGGCAGGCAGGGUCAGACAGCUGCCUCUCAUACCUUCCUUCACGUUCUCAAACCACCGGAAAUCGACACGUUUAACUUCCGGAGUAACUUAGAGGAAGGUCGCAGGAUGCAGCUGUCGUGUACAGUCACUGCAGGAGACCUACCGAUCACCAUCAACUGGUUGAAAGACAACAGACAUCUGCAACACGACCCUGACGUCGAGAGUAAACAGACUAGUGACUUUUCAAUGGUGUUAGUCUUCAAGAAGCUGCGUGAGCAUCACUCUGGCUCGUACACCUGCGAGGCUGCCAAUGCUGCCGCAGCUGUCAACCACACUGCCACUCUCAGGGUCAAGGUGUCUCCCAAGUGGGUAGUGGAGCCAGGGGGUGGCACUGCUCUAGUGGGUUCCACAGUGGUACUGGAUUGCUCGGCUCGAGGCUACCCCACACCUGUUCUCACCUGGAUGAAAGCCCCAGGUAAGGCAGCGCAGGACUUCCAGCCUGUAGUUGAGGAUGGAGUGAGAACCUUACAGGCUGCCAAUGGGUCUCUGGUCCUGCAGGAGACCAAGACCACUGAUGCUGGGUGGUAUCUCUGUCGGGCUGACAACUCCGUCGGUAAAGCCAUCUCUAAGACGGUCCAGCUUACAGUCCACGCUCCGGCCAGAGUGGUGACGGAGGGACGGCGGGUCACAGGUCAUGCAGGCCAGACAGUGACGGUGACCUGUGAGGCGACAGGUGACGCCCCUCUGAUCCUCACCUGGAGACGUCACCAUGCACCCGUGUCACCUGGUCACAGGACAUCGGUGCGAGAGAGCGAGGCUGGCGGUGUGGUUCAAGUCGCGCUUGAGAUUAAGGCAGUGACAGCCGUAGAUGCAGGUCCCUACACCUGUCGAGCAAGCAACCCGCAUGGGGAUCACGCGCAGGUGUUUGAUAUAGCUGUCAUAGAGCCACCCACAGCACCAGCAGGAGUCACCAUCAGCGAAGUCACCAGUCGCUCUGCUGUCAUCUCCUGGACCCUGCCACAGCCUGCUGCCGUCACCAUUCAGUAUCGUGCCUCCGAGGAGGAGUCGUGGGCCAUCCACGGACGGAACGUCAGCGUGGGACAGUGGGCCACGUCCCACGUCGUGACGGGACUGGCCCCUUACAAGAGUUACGACGUGAGACUAAUGGCCCAUAAUGACCUGGGUGUCUCUCAGCCCUCACUCACACACGUCUUCACUACCACAGAGGAAGCACCUUCUGGAGCGCCACAGGAGGUGAGGGUGACAGUAGGUGGCCCUCGCUCUCUCAUAGUCACCUGGAGGUCACCUGCCCCCCAGCUCACCCAUGGCACCCUCAGAGGAUACACCUUGGCACUGCGUCGCCAGAACCUACAAGGUCACCUGACCUUCAUCACCAGACCAGUCACAGAUUUGGACGGUGUGGAGAGGUACGAGGUGCGAGGCCUUACCCCGGCUCCCUCUUACGAGGAAAGCACGCCUUCCUGCCCUCCUGCAGGAGUCUCCUGCCGAGGUUCUGGUCGUGGAGGCGUGCGUGUCUGGUGGUCACCCCCGCCCACACACUGCGCCCACGCCCCUGUUUCCGCCUACACCAUAACAGCCAUACCCACCACCCACGCCCACCGCGCCCCAGACAAAGAGAGAGAUGAAACAGGUGGUGUUUUACAGGUGGCAGUGAGAGAUGUGGUAGGUGCUGGAGGUUCUGAGGCCACCUGGAGGGAACUGACUGGCCUGACACCUACCUCCAGGGUCCAGGUAUGGGUGACAGCCACUACAGUAGCUGGGGAAGGCAACCCAUCACCCAGGCUGACAGCUCUACCCACCCCAAAGCCCACCCACGCCCCCGUGGCUGUGGGUGGUGGGCGGACGUGGAGGGUGGGUUCUGGAGCAGGCGUGACACUGGGUUGUCGUGGGCUGGGGUCGCCAGCCCCUACAAUAGGCUGGACCAGGGCUGGCACAACUGUCAGCAGUGGUCAGCUGACACAGCUGUUACCUGGAGGAGACCUGCAUAUUACAGCUGUCAGAGAGAGCACCAACUACACCUGCUGGGUCCGUAACAGCGUGGGCGCUGACAGCCUCACUCACCAGGUGAUAGCUGUCACUCCGCCCACACCGCCCACACUGGCCCUCUCACACGCCACCCAUCACGCCCUCAACCUCACUAUUACGCCCACUUUUGACGGAGGGGCACCCAUUCUAGGAUACACGGUUCACCACCGUGGGCGUGCAGGAGAGUGGGUGGAGUUGGGCGUGUCACCGGGCGUAGGCGGGGUACUGGUGGGCGGUUUACCGUGUGGAGCACCUCACCAUCUGUACCUAACUGCGUGGAACACCCUGGGCACCAGUUCUCCCAGUCCAGUUCUGAUAGCAAACACACUGGGCAGCCAGCCUGGCAGACCUGACCCAGCUAGACUUGUAGAGGUCAACAACACCUGUAUAACUCUCCGCCUGUAUAUGUGGCCUGAGUUUGGAUGUCCUGUCACCCACUGGAAGGUAGAACUUGGUAGUGAAGAAGUGGGUGUGUCGUGGUCAGUCUUACACACCCACGUAACCCCUGACACCACUGACCUGGGUGUGUGUGACCUGACCUCAGGUACGUGGCACCUCCUCCGUGUCACCGCCUCGUCUACCGCCGGUGACACUGCUGUAGUCUACAGAGUAGCCACGGCAGAUCACGUCGGUGGGUCUAUGACAGCUGAGUCAGUUCAGGAGGUGGUGGUGGGUGGCACUGUGGGCGUGGGUGGGUGGCUGGACGCCCACAUUGUUGCGGGCGUGGUCAGUGCCCUCCUGCUAGCGGCUGCGUUUAUUAUCUGCGUCUGCGUCGCCCUGAAGAGACGCAGAUAUGGGGGAUAUAGGCAGGGUGAGAGCGUAGAGCACAAGAGUGGAGCUGAGGAUGACAAUGCCCGCAACUCAGAGCUCACCAGAGCUCACUUCUACUCUCCCACACCUAUUAAGAAGCCCAGGGGCUCUCUGGUUUCCCUCAAGACACAGGAGGAGACCUCAGACCCCUACGAGAUCUGUCCCUACGCUACCUUCAGUUCCUCUCACCUUCCUACCCAUAGCGUGGGUAGCUCUGAAGGGACACUAGAAUACGGUCUGUCUCUACACGCUAUGACACCCCGUGACUGUCUGGACCACCCGGCCGCCCACAGCGACCACUCGGCCGCCCACGGUGACCACCCAGCCGCCCACGGUGACCGCCACGCCCAGCAAUCCCCAGCUUAUGGCCAGGUCGGUCGCCAGAGGGCCCAGUCACACUACAAGGAAACAGAAAUUGCAUAUAUAAGUCGAGGUGGGCGUGGGGACUACGCCAGCCGCCCAAAAUCUAUCCCGGGCGCGCAGCCGCCCACCCUCUCCGCUACCGCUGGUGCGGCCACCCCGGCACCUUCCGAGCAGAGGCCGUGGGUGGAGGAGGCCAGGAAAGACACCAGGAGCCGCCCUCAUAGGCCUAGGAGUCGAACCAGAGCUGAUACACCCGGAGGAGGUCGUGACUCCAGUACUGAGAGUAAUGACGCCUCGUCUCCAGUACAGCAGCGCCACUACCACCAGCAACAGCAGCAGCAGCAGCAACAGCAGCAGCAGCAGCAGCAGCCGCAAGCAGCGCCCUCAGCUGCCACCGCCGCAGCAGCGGCCGCAGCGGGGAGAGUGGGACCGCACCCGCUACCGCCGGUCCGACUUGCCAGGACUCGUACUGAGUCGUCCUCAAGCGACAGUUCGUUGCUCACUCCACCACGACCCCUACACCCGCCCUCGGCUUUCUCGGACUCGAGAGAGCUCUCCGAAGCCGAGUGUGACCGGGAGAUGCUCCAAGCUCACGGAGAAGGUGAAGCUGGAGGAAGGUCUUGGAGCCCAGCUCACUGUGGCAGCUCCAGAGAUGCGGAAGAGAACAUCAAGACAGAAUUAAAUACUCUUCUUCAACGUUACCAACAACAGAAACAAGAGGAUCAAAUCUCACAACACAAGAAGAGGAAGAUGCCAGAGAAGAAUCCGUAUACCAUUAAUGUUUAGUGAUGUUAGUAGUGUGUGUGUGUGUGUGUGUGUGUGUGUGUGUGUGUGUGUAUUCACCUAAUGUGUGUGUUUGUGUGUGUGUGUGUAUUCACCUAAUGUGUGUGUUUGUGUGUGUAUGUAUUUACCUAAUGUGAGUUUGUGAGUGUACUCACCCAUUUGUGAUUGUAAAGGUCGAGUCAUAGCUCCUGGCCCCCGUGUGUGUAUCACAAUCCCAGGAUCACCCUACAUACAUUUUUAACAACCAUGUUCCCGUUUUGUACUGUUAUCAAUUUUCUAACCAAUCACCUUCUAACAGUAAUUAUUACCUGUUAAAGCAACAGAAACUCCCUACUGUUCGAACCGCAUUUGUAAAACAGUAAAGCCUAAAUAUAUAGCACAUAAAUUACCCCCCAAAAAAGGCCUAUGCACAUUUUUUUGCAUAAUAACAAUGGCAUUUAUA